AUGGUUAGGGCCACGAAAGGAACAUACAUCAAAACUGAGAUGUCCAUAAAGGAAAUAAUAAUGUUCAUAAAUGAGACUGACAAUGUUGUCAUUGAGGAGAUAAAGGACAAUGCUGUGUUUAUACAGCCCAAUAAGAUAGAUAUGCUGAAGUUAAAAAUAGAGAACUGUCUAAAUAGUACAUAUAAGCAUAUAGAACAGCAGUAGAUAGCUCA